AUGGGAGAGAGAUCAAGGAAAAGACAACGAGUAGAAGACGACUCGCAAGCAGAGAAAGUCGCCGAGGCAGCGGAAGAGUCCCUCAAACUCCACCCCCACGCAUUAGCCUCCGAUGAUGAACUAGUCCAUCACGACGCGGGCGAGUUUCAAGGCCUCGUCCGCCAUCAAACUACAUCGGCCGACGCGGCCAAGUUGGAAAAUGGCCCACGCAACCCUUUCACUGGGAACGAGUUCUCGCAGCAAUAUUUCAAGAUCCUCGCUACGAGACGCGACUUGCCGGUGCAUGCCCAGCGUGAAGAGUUCCUCAAGAUCUUCCACCAGACGCAGAUCAUGGUGUUUGUCGGUGAGACGGGGUCCGGUAAGACGACCCAAAUCCCGCAGUUUGUAUUGUAUGACGAGAUGCCGCAUCUCACGGGGAAGCAAGUCGCGUGCACCCAGCCGAGACGAGUUGCUGCCAUGUCGGUGGCGCUGAGAGUUGCCGAUGAGAUGGACGUGCAGUUGGGCGAGGAAGUGGGCUAUAGCGUGAGAUUCGAGCAUAAAAACGGGCCCAAGACGAUAUUGAAGUAUAUGACCGAUGGUAUGUUGUUGCGUGAGGCGAUGGACGACCAUGACUUGUCGAGAUACUCGUGUAUCAUCUUGGAUGAGGCCCACGAGAGAACGUUGGCGACUGAUAUCUUGAUGGGGUUGAUCAAGCAGGUGAGUUUGAGGAGACCCGAUUUGAAAAUCAUUAUCAUGUCGGCAACGUUGGACGCGGAGAAAUUCCAGAGCUAUUUCCAUGAUGCUCCCUUGUUGGCUGUGCCUGGUAGAACCCACCCCGUGGAGAUUUACUACACACCGGAGUUUCAGCGCGAUUACCUCGAUGCUGCCAUUAGGACUGCUUUGCAGAUCCAUGCCACCGAGGAUGAGGGGGACAUAUUGUUGUUUCUCACCGGUGAAGACGAAAUCGAGGAAGCGUGCCGCAAGAUCCAGUUGGAAGGCGAUGCGCUUAUCCGAGAGCAAGGAUGCGGCCCUUUGAAAGUGUACCCCUUGUACGGCUCGCUUCCGCCCCAGCAACAGCAAAAGAUUUUCGAAACCGCCCCCGUCAACAACAACCCCAAGGGAAGACCGGGAAGAAAAGUCGUUGUCUCUACCAACAUCGCGGAAACGUCAUUGACCAUCGAUGGUGUCGUUUACGUUGUCGACCCCGGCUUCUCCAAGCAAAAGGUUUAUAAUCCAAGAGUCAGAGUCGAGUCGUUGUUAGUCUCCCCCAUCUCAAAAGCAAGCGCUCAGCAGCGAGCAGGUAGAGCAGGUCGUACCAGACCGGGCAAAUGUUUCCGGUUAUACACCGAGGAAGCGUUCCAAAAAGAGUUGAUCCAGCAGUCGUACCCCGAGAUUCUUCGAUCAAAUUUGGCUUCCACAGUGCUAGAGUUGAAGAAAUUGGGCAUCGACGACUUGGUGCAUUUCGACUUUAUGGACCCACCAGCGCCCGAGACCAUGAUGCGAGCAUUGGAAGAAUUGAACUAUUUGCAGUGUCUCUCCGAUGAAGGCGAGUUAACGGCGUUGGGCCGCUUGGCGUCGCAUUUCCCACUUGACCCCAUGUUGGCGGUGAUGCUCAUUGGCUCUCCCGCGUUCCAUUGCUCCGAGGAGAUCUUGACGAUUGUGGCGAUGUUGAGCGUGCCCUCGGUGUUUGUGCGGCCCGUGUCGGCAAGACAGCGUGCCGACGAAGCCAAAUUGUCAUUUGCCCACCCUGAUGGCGACCAUUUGACGUUGAUCAAUGUCUACGAGGCUUUUGAACAUAGUCCUAAUGAAUUGGGGGUUUCGCAGCACCAGUGGUGUCGCGAUAACUUUUUAAAUUAUCGAUCGUUGCAAUCGGCUAGAAAUGUCCGGUCGCAAUUGCAGAGGAUCAUGGAAAAGAAUGACUUGGAGUUGGUUUCGCAGUAUAACGAGAUCCCCGAUGCGUUGUACUGGGAGAAUGUCAAGAAGGCUUUAAUUGGUGGGUUUUUCAUGCAGGUGGCCAAGAAGAAGAGCGGCGGUAAAGGCUAUUUGACGGUUAAGGACAACCAAGACGUCUUGGUGCAUCCAAGCACGGUGGUGCAAAAGGAUGGCGAAUGGAUGAUUUAUAAUGAGUUUGUCUUGACUAGCAAGAACUACAUCCGAACGGUGACGAUCGUUAACCCGCAGUGGUUGGUUGAGAUUGCUCCUAAAUACUACAACUUGGACCACUUCCAAAAAGGCGACGUUAAGUUGAGCUUGGAAAGGGUCAUUCGCGAGGUGGAGAAAAAGAAGGAAAUGUCAGAUAAAAAGGGCAAGAGCAAAUCUAGGUAG